AAUAUAAAAUAAGUGCGGAGCUGGCAUUAUUUACUACAUGCAGCUUACGAACUCACAACAUCGCACAAGUUUUUCACUAAAUCAAAUUCACUAAUUCUCAAAUACGGGAUUCAGUGUUUUAAUAUAAAUAUCAUUAAGCUCUUUCUUAACAUGGAUGAUAAUGGCACUAAAAUUAAUUCCAGUACCCAAAACUUGAAAUUGAAUAGUUCUCUUAAUUCAGAUGCAAUACGAGGCGAUUCUAAGAUUUCUCUGGCUCUCAAAGCGCUGAAAUCUUCUCUCAAAGGAACAAGCGGAGCGAGUCCAGAUGCAACUAUUGCUGCAAUGUUAUCAAGCGACAAUGAUUUAACAGAUGAUGAUAAAGGACCGAUCCCUCUUAACUUUUCUGAAACAGAUUCGGAGGACUCAUCCACGAGUAUUGAAAGUAGAACUGAUCAGGAAUCUCUGAAGGUAGAAAAUAAAUCUAGUCAACAAAAUAAUAAAGCUGACUGGGAUGAGAAACCAGUUUGUGGAGAGAAAAAAACUUUUGAGGAAAUCUUAGAAGAGAAAUUGAAAUUACUAGAGAAACAGCCCAAAGCUUUCAGUAUUGGUGAUGUGUCUUUUAACCAAAGAAUGCAAGAUAUAGCAGUUGAGGAGGAGCAUAAUGAGAGUGAGUUAAGACGGUUCGAGCAACUGGAAGAGUUUGCAAACGAGAAUGGUUCUUUUGUAAGCAAUACGGCUGAAACAAAAGUCUCUGAUUUUGGAGAUCAAGAAAGUAUAUGGGAAAACGAAGCUGACAUUGAAACUCAAGUCGCUAUACUUGAUGAUACAAUUGUUGAAGACGAGAUAGACGAUUUUAAUGAGUCUACAGUCAGCGAGAAAGAUGUUAAAUUUGAAACAUCUAAAACUGCUGCUAUUACAGAAAAUUGUCCAGCUGCACCGUCCAAUAUUGUAAAUAAUCCUGAACCUGAUAGCCAAGUAGAUCAUGCAAUGGUUCAAACUUUAGUUGAAAAAAUGAAAUCUUUAGACGCUGAAAUCUCUCGCUUUAAGUUACUCAACUCAACCCUAAAAGAUAAUUUAAAAAAUGUUGAGCAGGAGAAAGAUUCUCUGGCAAAAGCAAAAAGUCAAAUUUUUAAAGAAAAAGAAGAAGAACUAGCAAAUUUAAAGAAUAAAUGGGCUGAUGAAAAUAAAAAAUUAAUCAAUGAAAGACGUCUCCUCGAACUACAACGGAAUUCUCUAGGAUCAGCCCAGACCAAACAAUUUAGGCAAGAAAUCGAAAAUUUACGCAAACAACUUAAAGAUGUAGAAGAAAAAAGAGAUGCUGAAAAAACUAGAACUCGAAAUAAAGAAAAACGGCUUGAAAACCGUAUUUUACUCCUUGAAAAUGAAAACAAGGAACUCUCAGAAGCUUUGAAGCAGAGGGAGUCUCAACGAUUAGGAUCUUGGAAAAAUGGAACAAAUAUAGAUCGAAAUUCAAUCAAUUCUGCAAAUAAUGACAUUCCCAAUUCUAAACCAGAUAAAAUUUCAAAGCCGACUCUAGAAAGGACUCGGAUGAGAUCAAGUAGUCCAAUUUCAUCUGACGUUUUGAAGUCAAAUGGGCCUCUUCCAUCGCCUCUAAAUAGAGAUGUUAAAACUCAGCCAACACCUGGUUCCAGUCGAAAAACCUAUAUUAGCACAUCAAUGGUGUUUCCUAGUCUAGAAGGAAAAUUUGAAGAAGCAAAACAUACAGAUGGAAAGGUUAUAGUUAGAAUGCAUCUAAUCGACUUUCUUAAUGAUUUUUAUCAUUUCUUAGCUUGAACGUAUAUUUGAAAAUGGAGCGAGGGAAAUUAUUUUUCCUAAUGGAAGCAAGAAAACGAUAUCCUCUGAUGGAUUUAAAACACUUAUAUCUUUUUUUAAUGGAGAUUGGAAAUUGGACGAUAAGGAUAAAUCUGUAUAUUUUUACAAAGUUGACGAAACUCUUGUCACAACUCAUCAAAAUGGAGUAAGAGUUUUAGAGUUUAAAGACGGCCAAGUAGAGAAGCACUACCCCGACGGAACGAAGGAAGUUACCUUUGACGAUAGUACAUAUAAACUGCUUCUACCGAGUGGUAUCCAGGAAUGUAUUUAUCCAAAUGGGACAGUUGUACGCGAGGAACCAGAAACAGCUCAAAAAUUAUUACUUUUGCCGAACGGUCAGAGGGAAGUUCACUCCGCGGAAUAUAAAGUAUGCUCUUAUUAAAUACAAUAUUUUAUCCUAUUAAGCAAGUGUUCAAACAGCGUCGGGUCUAUCCGGACGGAACAAUAAAAACGGUCUACGCAGAUGGUCGGCAAGAAACUCAAUAUUCUAAUGGUCGUUUACGAGUAAAAGAUAAAGAUGGAAAUAUAGUUGUCGAUAAGUUUAUAUCAUGACUGGUGCUUUCUAACUUUCAAUUUGUUGUUUUGAUUACAAUUUCAAAUCCAAUAAAAAAUUCAUAACUCUCUGGAAAAA